AGGCACCCGCUCCUCUCUCGGGCAUCAAGAACCCUCCAACGAGAGAAUCCCUAAAAAGGCUCUAUUUUCCUCUGCCACUUUUUUGAAGGGUCCUCCAACGAGAGAAUCCCUAAAGAGGCUCUAUUUUCCUCUGCCACUCUCAAUCCUCGCAGGUACUAAUCUAGUCAUGUUAUUAUUUUAUUUUUUUGGCGACCCCCGUUUGAUUCCCGAGAAAAUCCAUCCCCCAUUCGAUUUCCGGGAAAAUUCAUCCUCGUUUGAUUUCCGAGAAAAUCCAUGCAAAACCCCCAAGGAAAACCGAAAAACUUGCUUUUUUUUGGCUCCCUGUGUUUUCUGGAUCUGUUCUACCCCCUCUUUGCUUUUGUGCCAUUCGAUUUAAAUUUCACGAACCCUAAAUCCACGAUUUUUGAGCCAGGCGGAAAAACACAACCUUUGCCUGCAAAUCAUGAUCAGAUUACCAGAUAGCAUCUUAUGCUUUUUUUUUUAAAAAGUUGGACAGAUUUUGUAUCCGUGCGUGGGCUGGACUGGUAGGAAAUAUCGGGAAAUUUCCCGAAAAAUCGGUAAAAUACCGACAAAUACCGAAAUAUCGGAGAUAUUUUCGAAAAUGACCGAAAUCUCCGUCGGCCGAUAAUCGGUGACGAAUAUUGUGUCGGAGCCGGCCGAUAAGAGAUAUUUCUCCGAGAUAUCGCCGAAAUUUUUCGACAUUUCAAUCCUUGCUUCCCCCACCCCUUCCAGACCAGAUCCAUUCAGUUGGGCCGAGGUUAAGGCCAGCCCAAACAUAGAUUAAGCCCAACUUAACCAGACCACGGCCCUAGAUUUGGGUUAGGGUUUAUCUCGCAUAAUAUCCUGGCCGAUCACCCUGAACGAAGAAGAAGCGAGCAUAAACCCUAGCUGUGACCUCCUACUAUUCUUUACAACUAGGCGCGUGGACUAGGGUCACUGUUAUAAUGGCCCCUGCAGCCCUUAAUAAGAAAAAGGUCACAAAAUCACAAAAACCUCCAGCUCAAAAGAAGCAAAAGAAGGAAGUUUUCACUGCUAAGCCUCCAAAGAAACACGACAUUUCUGAUGAUUCUGAUAGCCCAACUGAAGAAAUAGUAGAUCAUGAAGGACUUUUUGAAGAAGAAAAUGAAGAAGAUGGGUUUGAUUCUCAUUCUGAAGCUUCUUCUGAUGGAGAUGAUCCAUUCACUGAUGAUUUCCUCCAAGGAGGUGAUGAUGAAGAGGAAGGUUCAGGUUCAGGUUCAGGUUCAGAUUCAGAUUCAGAUUCAGAUUCAGAUGAAUCUGAUAUUGAGAAGAAGUCAAGAGCUAUUGAUGAAGAAAGGGCAAGGGAAGAAGAAGAAGCAGGGGCUGAAAUGCAGCUCAACAUUAAAGAAGAAUCUGACGAGUUCAGAUUGCCAACCAAAGAGGAGCUUCAAGAAGAGGCACGCCAACCCCCUGAUCUCCCAAAUCUUCAGCGGAGGAUAAAAGAAAUUGUUCGAGUACUGUCAAAUUUUAACUCUUUGAGGCAAGAGGGGGCUCAACGGAAGGAUUAUGUUGAGCAGCUCAGGGUCGAUUUAGGUUCAUACUAUGGUUACAACGAAUUCCUCAUUGGGGUUUUGGUGGAGAUGUUUCCUGUUGUUGAACUUAUGGAACUUAUUGAAGCUUUUGAAAAACCUCGACCUAUUUGUCUACGGACGAAUACCUUGAAGACACGUAGAAGGGAUUUGGCUGAUGUUCUGUUGAACAGAGGGGUAAAUUUAGAUCCCUUGAGCAAGUGGUCAAAAGUUGGUUUGGUCGUGUAUGACUCACAAGUGCCAAUUGGUGCCACUCCUGAAUAUAUGGCUGGUUUUUACAUGCUGCAAAGUGCAAGCUCAUUUUUGCCUGUGAUGGCUCUUGCCCCUCAAGAAAAGGAACGGAUUGUUGAUAUGGCGGCUGCACCUGGUGGGAAGACAACCUACAUUGCUGCUCUUAUGAAAAACAGCGGGAUGAUCUUCGCAAAUGAGAUGAAGGAGCCAAGGCUCAAGUCACUCACCGCAAAUUUACAUCGUAUGGGUGUCACGAAUACUGUGGUCUGUAACUACGAUGGAAAAGAGCUGCCCAAGGUAUUGGGUCACAAUACAGUUGAUAGAGUGUUAUUGGAUGCCCCUUGCAGCGGGACUGGGGUUAUAUCAAAAGAUGAAUCCGUCAAAACUUCUAAAAGCUUGGAAGAUAUACAGAAAUGUGCUCAUUUACAGAAGCAACUAAUACUUGCUGCCAUUGACAUGGUGGAUGCCAAUUCAAAAUCUGGGGGAUAUAUUGUCUAUUCCACGUGCUCGAUAAUGAUUCCUGAGAAUGAAGCAGUUAUAGAUUAUGCACUGAAGAAGAGGAAUGUAAAACUUGUACCAUGUGGACUUGAUUUUGGGCGUCCUGGGUUUACACGGUUUAGGGAACAUCGGUUUCAUCAAUCAUUAGAAAAGACUAGGCGUUUCUAUCCCCAUGUUCACAACAUGGAUGGAUUUUUUGUGGCAAAGUUGAAGAAAAUGAGCAACUCUAAGCCAAAUCCAACACCGUCAGAACCAUCAGAAGUGGAGGAGCAAGCUCCUGAGGAAAAUGACAGUGACAGCGAAUUGAACAUGGGAGAAAAAACUCAACAGCAUCCGGGUAAAAGAGGGACAAAAAAGGAAAAAACUCAACAGCAUCCGGGUAAAAGAGGGACAAAAAAGGAAAAUGGGGGUUUGAAGAAUGCAGCUCCUGAAAAUGGGAAAAAAGAAUCCCCAUCCACCACCACAAAGAGGAAGAAGAGGAAAUUCCCUUCCAGAGAAGAAAUCUCAAAAGCCAGAGAAGAGAAGAGAAAAACUAUGAGGGAAAAGAAGGGUGCAAGCAAAAGGAGUUGAAGUUAUUACUCAUAUGACAGCAGCAGCAGCAGAACAUAAAGAGCCAAGUAUUAAGCAGACAAUAUUUUUGGGGUGUAUUCAGGGCUAAGUCAGGCAUGCGAGAAGAGGAUUCAACCAAGAAGCAAAGAAGUAGAGCAGCUUCUAACAGUGUGAUGGAACAGACAGCUACAUUUUGGUUUUGAAGGAGAAGACUUAAAAGUUAACUUGGCCUUAUGGGGCAGCCCCAGUCCCAAAAUUUUUGUUUUCCUUUUUAUUAUUGUUUGUGUUGUAUUAGUCUUUCAGUUGUUUGGGCAGAAUUGUACGCAUCCACUUUAUGAUAAAAGCAUAUAGUUUAUCUAUAGGCAGUCUUAAGUACCACCCUUUCCUGCAUGCAUUUUUCAAAAUGCAAUUUAUGUCCUUUUUUUUUUCUUUUUAAAUAUGAAUAUGAAAAUGAAAGAGGACAUAUGAAAGCAUCCACAUUGCCCUCUUCUUCAAUUUUCACAUA